AUGGGUCAGAUUCAGUAUUCUGAUAAAUACUUUGAUGAUACCUACGAGUACAGGCAUGUGGUUCUUCCUCCGGAUGUUGCCAAACUGCUUCCCAAGAAUCGCCUUCUCUCAGAAAAUGAAUGGCGAGGGAUUGGUGUUCAGCAAAGCCGUGGGUGGGUCCACUAUGCGAUCCACCGGCCAGAGCCGCACAUCAUGCUCUUUAGGAGGCCUCUAAACUAUCAACAACAGCAGGACACUCAACCUGAAAAUGUUGUUGCCAAGUGA